GUUCCUUAUCUCUUCUAGGCUCACUUCCUUGCUGUUCCUUCAUUGGACCUCCCAACCGUCGAGGCUCUUUCUUAUCGAUCACUACUAAAAAGAAAUUUUUUUAAAAAAAAUAAUAAUAAACAGAGAGAAGCAAGAAACCCAUUUGACCACCAUGGACGAUUCUUAGUGGUUUCUCUGUUUCAGUGUUUCCCUUUUUUUUUUUUUUUUUUUUUUUUUUUUUUGGGUUCUAACAAUCAGAGAGAAAAAUGAAGCGGGAUUAUCAAGAUGGCUGUGGUAGUGGUGGUGGUAGUUCAAACAGUGUUCCAGUUGGUAAAACCAAGCUUUGGGAUGAAGAACAACAAGAACCAGGAGGAGCCAUGGAUGAGUUGCUUGCCGUUUUAGGUUACAAAGUCCGGGCAUCGGACAUGGCUGAGGUCGCGCAGAAGCUCGAGCAGCUCGAGAUGGUUAUGGGUUCAGCUCAAGAAGAUGGGAUCUCUCAUCUCUCCGAUACGGUUCACUACAAUCCUUCUGAUCUUUCCGGUUGGGUUCAGACCAUGCUCACCGAGCUCAAUACCCAACCAAUCGACGACGAAUCUUUGUUAGCUCCCGCCGAAUCCUCCACCUUAACCUCCUUCGAUUUCUCCAAUUCCCAUCACCAAAUUGAAAACCAAUCCAGGAUGGUUUACAACGACGAUUCGGAAUACGAUCUCAGAGCCAUUCCGGGAGUCGCAGCUUUCGCACCACCACAACCACAAAUCGAGAGCGAGAAUACAAGAAAGCGACUGAAAACCUCAAUUGGAUCUACAUCUUCUUCUUCCCCAACACCAACCCAACAACAUGUUUCCGUGUCCGUUUCUGGGACCGAGUCGACUCGGCCUAUGGUCCUGGUCGACUCGCAGGAAGCGGGUGUUCGACUCGUUCAUUCUCUCUUGGCUUGCGCUGAGGCAGUUCAGCAGGAGAAUCUGAAACUCGCGGACGCGCUGGUGAAGCACAUAGGCUUGCUCGCUUCGUCACAAGCCGGAGCUAUGAGAAAAGUGGCUACCUAUUUCGCCGAAGCUCUUGCCCGUCGAAUUUACCGAAUUUACCCUCAGGAUUGCCUCGAUUCCUCAUACUCCGAUCUGCUUCAGAUGCACUUCUACGAAACCUGUCCUUACCUGAAAUUCGCACAUUUCACAGCCAACCAAGCCAUUCUCGAAGCUUUCGCUACCGCGGACAGAGUCCAUGUCGUCGAUUUCGGACUCAAACAGGGUAUGCAAUGGCCGGCUCUCAUGCAGGCUCUCGCAUUGAGAGCCGGUGGGCCUCCGGCAUUCCGGCUCACCGGAAUCGGACCCCCUCAGCCGGACAACACCGAUGCUCUGCAACAGGUGGGUUUGAAGCUCGCUCAGUUGGCCGAAACCGUUGGCGUCGAGUUCGAGUUCCGUGGUUUCGUUGCUAAGUCUCUUGCGGAUCUUGAACCGGGUAUGCUCGAUAUCCGACCCGCCGAUGUCGAAGCCUUGGCGGUCAACUCCGUUUUCGAGCUCCACCGCCUCUUGGCCCGACCCGGUGCGAUCGAAAAGGUCUUGUCGUCGAUUAAGGCUAUGAAGCCGAAGAUCGUUACUGUUGUAGAACAGGAAGCGAGCCACAACGGACCGGUUUUCUUAGACCGUUUCACCGAGUCUUUGCAUUACUACUCGAACCUGUUCGACUCGUUGGAAUCGUCGUCGACAACUGGGUUGGCUCCGCCGAGUCAGGAUCUGAUUAUGUCGGAGGUGUAUUUGGGGAGGCAGAUAUGCAACGUGGUGGCGUGUGAAGGACCGGAACGAUUCGAGCGGCACGAGACGUUGACUCAGUGGAGGGCUCGACUCGGUUCGGCCGGUUUCGAUCCGGUUCAUCUGGGGUCCAAUGCUUUCAAGCAAGCUAGCAUGUUACUGGCUUUAUUUGCGGGUGGGGAUGGGUAUAGAGUGGAGGAGAACAAUGGGUGUCUUAUGCUGGGUUGGCAUACUAGGCCACUUAUUGCCACAUCAGCUUGGCAACUCAGUGAGUCAACUCAAUCCAACUGAGUUGGUAGAAAAAUCUGAAAAGCGGGGGGUCUUUUUGAUUGUGAAUGCUAAAAGAGUGUUUUUGCAUGGCUGAGUUUGUGGGUUCUGAGUGAGACACUCUUUGAGACUGUUUACCGAGUCGGAGUGAGUUAGGGAGAAAGAAAGCAGUUAAACCAAUCCAAUCAAAGUGUUUUCAGAAAAUUCUGCUUUCGGGAUUUUUUUUAAUCACUCUUGCACAGCUUUUUAAACUCCACUUCCCUAUCUACCUCCCGAUUGGAUGAGAGACCCUUUCGAUGUAAUUUUUUUUUUUUUUUCCCCCCUCUGUUUUGGGACUCUUGAACUUAAUGGUGGAUGAAAAUCAGAAUGUGUAAUAUAUGUUGACUAGCUUUCAUGUUUUUCAAUAAAUGGUUGAGCAUUUAUUCUCAA